UCACGGGAGAGUUUUUCUGUUUUUACUCUAUUGUUAUCGAUAAUUUACUUUUUUAAAGCAUAAGAAGUUCUAGAAAAAUAUAGAUUGUUGGAGUAGGAAAUAUUCAAACAAGUGUACCUAAAUAGGGGCUGGGGAAAAUUUAAGAAAGAUAGUUCAGGAAUGAAUUAACAUGAACAAAAAAAAAACUUGACUACAAGAAUAAGAAAGAAAAAGAUUAACUGAAUUAUUCGUAUAAUUGCGCAUCAACCACUAGCGUCAAUAUAGCAAAAUUUAGAAAAAAAAUCUUAUUUAGUUUAAGGGUGGUCCAAAAUAGGUCCAAAGGGUGGUCCAAAAUAGAAACCUGGUGGUCCAAAAUACCGACCACAGUAAUUAUCGAAGAAACGAGUUUUUGGGCUUAAAUCUUGUUACAUUGCAACAAACAACGAUAUGUUUCGAUAGAAAAAGCCUUGAUCUUUGUAAUGAACGGAUAAAGCAGUUAAAAAUUGUAACAUGUACUUUUUUAUUUCAGAAAAUAGCCUAGCCACUUCCCAAAGCGGUCCAAAAUUGGUCCGUUACCCUACUGCUUGCACCAGCUUAAUACGUGUCGCUAUAUGAAGAACUGCCUUGAAACCUGUGAAAGUCCGGAGGGUCAGGUAUACCUUGGAGACCACUUCGUUCACCUGUCUAUUCCAACUCAGUUGUUCGUCCAUCGCCAAGACAAGGUUUUUGAUGUGUUUUUGGGUCGGAAUAAUUUCUCCACAGAAAACUAUAUCAUUGCUCGUGGUUAGUGAACCAGUCUUGAAAAAAAUGAUAGCUUGAGUCUUCUUCGGAUUUGGAUGAAGAGAAUUCUGCCUGCUCCAGAGCUCAAUGUAGGCUAGAUCUUCAUUAACCAAAGUAACCAUGUUAUUCAAGUUGUUGAUGGAACCUGAUGUAUAGAUUUGCAGAUCAUCUGCAUAUAGGUGAUAUUGACACUUAAGAUCUUUGACAAUACUGUUGAUGUAAAGGCUGAAUAACAAGGCACUCAGGCAUGAACCUUGUGGUGUUCCAUCGAUCAAUCUUCGCUCGGAUGAAUAUUGUUGUCCACAUUUAACCACUUGUGAUCGGUGACUUAGAAACGACUUAGAAAUUACAUAAAUGAAGGCGAAAUAAAGGUACUGUAGACCAGAUGCCUAAAUUUAUGCAACAUAAGCGAGAAGAAUAUUGUCUGGCCUGCAGUUUAUAUGUUAAAACACCAUUUAAAUAUCAUCUGAACCAAAGAUUAUUAUCGGUUAAACUAUUUUAUUACAGAUUAUUGUUCGACAUCCUGAUAAUUUUACUAUGAAUUCAAUAUUACAAUUUAGAUAUUUUCUUUGAAAAUCAGUAAAAUUUAGUCAACUUUUCAAAAAUCAGGACGAAACAGGACAAUCUUAUUAGAAAAACAGGACGGUUUCUCGAAAAUCAGGACAAAUCCUGAUUUAUCAGUACACCUGGCACCUCUGCUCCGAGCUCAAUUUCAAAACAUAAACAUUACCGGUGUUCCGCAAAUCUGCUCGAAAUUUUUUAAAAUCGUUUAAAAUUUCCAAACGGCGCGCUUCCUCGGAAGGUAGUGAAAAUCAUGGCUACAACCGGCAGCAAUAUUCCGAGUCAACAGCAGCCGGUGAUUGCCGAUUCAACUAAAGUCUCCGCGCCCUCGGAACUAUCCACACAGCCACAAUCUGCGUCAAAAACAUCCGCCGCUGGUGGUGGAAACAGCGGUCGUCAUCGAAAGAAGCACAAGUUCAAUGCUAUACGGUCCCAGAUGGAGUUUUAUUUUUCGGAUGCCAAUCUUUGUAAGGACCGCUACCUGGGACAAAAGAUUCGGGAAGAUCCAUUUGUACCUCUUGAGGAGUUUUUGAAAUUCAACAGGAUAAAACAUCUAACCGAAAGCAUUGAGGAAAUUGCGACGGCAUUGAAAAAUUCCGACCAGCUGCAAGUCUCCGAUGAUCGCACUAAAGUACGUCGACUGACGGAAAUUUCUGAACGUGCCAAUUGCGAGGAGUGCACAAUCUACGUAGAAUGCCUCCCGCCAAAGGCCGACCACGACUGGGUACGGAAUGUUUUCUCCGCCUAUGGAAAGGUGGCUUACGUUUCACUGCCCAGGUAUCGCUUUUCGAAGAAAAUCAAAGAGUUUGGUUUUGUUGAAUUCGAAGAAGAGAACAGUGUGCAGAAGGCACUGAAGACGUUCCAGGCUUUCGGCGGUGUUAUGUCUUAUGAAGGGACAGAUCCGGAUAAACUGCUCAGUAUAUCGAGCUUCGGUAAGGAAAAAGACGGGCUGACUUCAGCUGAGGAUAAAUCGAAACCGGAGCCAGAGAAAAGCGAAAAAUCUGCAGACAAACCGGAAACAGAAUUGGGUAAACGUGAGCUAGAUUUAAGCUGCGAAGAGAAAAAAGACACAAACACGGAAGAACCUCCUUUGAAACGAUUGAAAACCAGCGAAAAUAGCGAUCGUGAAUCGGAGGGUGAGGGAACGGAUGUAAACAAUGAGCAACCGGAAGGCGUUGAAGAUAGUGACAGUGGCCAGGCUGCAGAUAAUAAAGCAGAAGCCAAAGGAGAUGAAGACAAAAAGAAAAGACGUCGGCGAGGAAUCAGUGGGUUCAAGAAAGCCAUUCAACAGGAUGAUAAACUUUUCGAACUAAAGAUUAUGCCAAAGAAAGAUUGGCGUCGAUUGCGCAACAAGUAUCUGAACCUUCAGCGAGCGGAAGCUAAAAAGUUGAAAAAGCUUUUUGCCGGUGAAACCAAAUUUACCAAACCUCAGCCAGCAAGUCGGUCUCAAAAUCCAACGGCCGGAGGCAUCCCCGGAUCGAAGGCUAUCAAAUCUUCACCGAGAGUUAAUUUCUAUGGAGCUCUCACGGACGAAGAAGCUGCCGCCGAGGCCACAAAGCUAGCGGAAGAACAACCCGAGCCACCGGUAGUGAAGCAACCGCUCUUCGCAUUCGAACCUGGCCUGAUUGUUCACAUAAAGUUUCGCGUGCCUUGUGCUAAUGUAAAAGAAUUCAAGGCCGAACUGAAGCAGUUCGAUUACGUGAGGUACGUGGACCUGAAAGAAGGCGAUUCGGAAGCUUUUGUACGGGUCGAUAAACCGGCCUCGGCCAACCUGCUGGUUCGCGAGUAUUGCUCGGCCGAGUACGGGGCGCAGAUUUUGAGCGGCGAACGGGAAACCGGCUAUUGGGAUAAAAUAUCCCGAGACCGAGACGAUAAGCUCAACAAAAAGGUCAAGGUGGAAAAAAGGGUGCGCGGCAGGACUAAGCUUAUGAAAAAAAUCAAUACGCACAUCAAAUUCGACGAUGAUGAUGACUAGAUAAACAAAUAUUUUCUCUGUACGGGGUGAAAAUAAAAUAAAAAAGUUAUGAGAUAAAA